AUGACCCUUGUGCGCUUUCCAGACCUGAGUCCGGUAGCUCCAGUGCUUGUAAUGAUAAACCAUCUAGAGUCGCACAAGAGCCUUGCGGAACUACUUAAUCAGAUCUGGGCUAAGGGUCAUCCUCAACCACAAGCAGAGUCCAGUUCUACUCCUCAGGUCGGACCAUUUCAGGUAAUAUCUUAUAAGUCUGUUGAUCAGCUCCCUACAUAUAGUGGCUCCGGACACGAUCUUCAAGUCCUAUUGUCUUCUGCCUCGGAGUCGAAGGGCAGCUCCGCUUUUGGCAUCAUUACCCCCAGCGCCAUUACAGCAAUGAAGAGCAUCCCUGUUGGAGCUAUUUAUCUUAUUGAGUAUCCAGCCGAUGAUCCAGCUGCCGUUUUGCAUGCAUACUACUCUUCUAUUGUGGUGGGAAUUCAAGCCCUGAUGAACACAAUGGCACCCCUUGGGGCCGUUCCUUUGCAUAUUGUUUUAGCACCUGUUGUAGGAUCUCGGCCACCCGUGGGGUCUGCGACACAAACACAACCUGCCAUUGUUGUAAAAGACUUCUUAGCCAAUCUUGUGUCUGCAACGCGUCUUCCAACUAGCUCCUUUACUAAUCUGGCGACAGCACAGGUCGAUGGCCAGAAGCUUCUAUUGAGCAUCUUGUCCAUGGGUCGUGCCUUCUUCAUUGAUUUAGCCAAUCAGGUCCAUACAUUGCCAGAUCGCUUUGUGCAGGUUCAUGCUAGUGCAUCGUUAAAGCACAGAAGUCGAGUAUGUCUCAUGGCUAUUGUACGCAGAGCAUUUCUUUUGAGCAUAGCCUCCUUCUGCGAUCAGGAUGCCCCUACAAUCCAAGCAGCCUCCGACAUCUGUACCCGUUACAAGCUGAUGGCUACGCACACAGCCUAUCUCGCUGCAAUCCUCAACACUGAUAGUGCAGCAGCUGCAGAAGCCACUCUUCAUACUCCUGCAGGGCUGGCAUCGACGAUUGUCUGUUGCUAUGAGGCAGCUAUAAUUCGCUUAUGCCACCAUUACGAACUUAUAGGCCCAACUGUUGAGGUGAUAAUGCUUCUUACUGCGUACCUUCGACUGUAUGGAGAGACGAAAGUACUGCCACUUAGCCAGACUCUAAGUAAAAUAGUGACUGCCGCUAAGCAGGGCAAGGACGCACCUUUGUUUGCAGAGGCCGAUCAGCCUAGCAUUUCCCAAGACUUCCUGUACCCCAACGUUGAAUUAUACAGCUACAAUAGGCAAAGCAUUCCUCACACACCGAUCUUGGUUGAUGCAGUAGAGGAUGUAGCAGCUCCUCUGACAACCACUCCUCUUCUAUUUAACAUGUAUCGCUUAGCAUUCGAUUCUAAUGUCCCUACCGCUCUAAUUUUGUUGGCUACAAUCCACGCGCUUCUAGAGUUACUUGCCAUGAAAUAUUCUGAACAUCAGCCGUUUACUUUUGGCUCUCAGUUAGGCCUAGGAUCAAUCAUGCACCAAAUACUUGUUAAUGUGAGUCAGAUUGGCCUAGUUUGUGAAGCAAUCCGUCUAGUCAGCCUGGCCCUCUCUGACGUUGAUUCUAUCACCUUACCGUGUAACUCCGUCCAGACUACAGAGCAGAACUCCUCGCUGCAUAGAGAGCUUUUCAAAGCUACAUCUUUGCUUUCCGUCUUGGGAAACAUUUUCCCCGCAGACCUUUCUGAAGAUGAUACAGCUUUGUUGGGACAUGCGUUAAAGGCUACCGUCUCGGAGGCAAGCAAGCUUGGUUACAUCUUUCCUCAAAGCGGAAGCUCCCAGUCUAUAGUGUCCCAAAGACUUCUGACAACUUUCUACUGGCACCGUCGAUCUCCAGAGGCAUUCCGCUGUCUUGGGACGUACUUUUCCUAUGUGACACCUGUCGCAUAUACAGCAUGCUUUUUCCCGAUAUACUCUGACCUUCUGCGUUCUCUGGACAUCUUAGGUAAGAGGUUGCGAACACUACCUCAUGGACAGCAACCCGUCUCAGCAUUUAUUGGGUUCCCCGCCGUAGCAUACUCCUUUGAGGAUCAGCUUGUUCGCGAACCCACUAAGAUAUACAGUGCCCUCCAGGGAUUUUUCGCCUCGAAAACAACAGACGGUAUAGUCACUGAUACACUAUACGGCUUCUUCACGGUGCUUAUUGAGCGGAUCAUUCGCGCUGUCUUUGAUCACGCGUCUUCAAAGCAAGGCAAGCUCGAUGCCUCAGAAAGGCUUAUUUCUUAUUACGCUUCUAUGUCCACUAGCACAAAAUCUUCGGUGGCAUCCAUAAAGCUGCUAUCCUACUUAAUCUAUGCGCAGCUCACCACGAAUGUUCCUCGCUUUUUGAGUGUUUCCUCCUCUUCUCUAUUGAAGAAGGACGUUUCUGUCCUUUUAGCAGACACACGAAAAGAGCUGAUAAAUCCUGCUACCGUUUAUAAGACGCUCAACUCUUGCGACAUGGACCUCUUGCGGCGGCAGCUGACGCGCAGACUCGGCUUUCUGUUCGGUUUGAAUGAUACCAUACCCUCCGAGCUGAAGCUAUCUGGCAGUGAGUUCCUUAGCCUUCUGUUGGAGUCGUUUGAUUCUUACUCAAUGGCGUUAGCAUGCCUUGAAGGACGAGCCAUGAAGGCGUCUUAUUCUCCGAACUUUUUCAUCAUGAAAUUAUUGAAACAUGAGGAGAUGCAGGAGGCGGGUGUACAGCUUGAUAGCACCGACAGGGAGAUACUGAAAAAACUACUUAAUGGUAUUAUCACGCAAGCUGCAGCACUCUCCACGCCAAUCGCAUCUAACUCGUUUGCAUACCCCAUAGUAAUAUCUCAGCUGGCAUGGAACCAGCCCUCUUUUUCUAUAGGAGAGUCUGCCACUCUUGCUGCAGAACUGACACUCCCAGGUCCCAUACUUGAAAUCUCGGCUCAACUGGACAUACAGCUUCAUGUACUAAUUAAUGGAUCUCUCUCUGAUAAGCUGGGGCAGACAUUUGUCGUGCAGACAAUUCUCAAACCAAAGAUCCUGCUUUUGGCGCAACAACGGGUAUCCAGGAUUGUCCUUCAUAAACAUGUGAUCACUCAGCAAUAUACCGAUGAAACGCUCGCUAUACGCACACUUAAAAUGAGCUAUAUAUGGCAAAAGGCAAGCACAGAGGCUGUCGACUUUAAAAACACCAGCAGCCAGAUAAUCGAUUAUAGCGAUCUGAUUACUCUGCAAGCGCGCGAGUCACGAUUCUCAUCAGUGAAAUUCUACUUGAGGAGAUACAAGGAAAACACGGCAGAAGCUAUUCAUAAGAACACCUACUGUCUUUUAAAGUGCUCUGAAAACCUGUGUGCUCAUAUCCGGGACCCGCUCCAAAUGGUAGAGAGCGGAUAUUGUCUUAGCUCCCCUGACGUGUAUGCCGGAAAGCCAUUUAUUUUGUAUCUAUAUCUAAAGGCGGCGGUGUCUGUCCCUCCCGUUUCCCUUAUUGCUACUUACACAUGCUCAAAUGACACACUACCAGAGCCUGAUGUUAACCCUCAUUACACAAGGAAUGCACCCAUCACCUCUAGCGUCUAUACGUACUUUGAUGGGCGUCCGUCUCCUCUUACUCUGGGGUCUUCCAACACUAUUAGCAUUGGUGGCCUAACCUCUUAUUCUAACAACUCAGAUAUAACAUUCAUUCCCUUUAUUGUUUGUGCUAGUGACCUCUGUCACUUGACAUUCAAAUUCACCUUGCAAUUAGGAUCAAAGAAGGUGUCUCUUUCUCCACAUCGGGGGUCGACUAAGGAUCAAGUCUUUGAGACAGCGCCCCAAGAAUCAAACAAUAUUUGCACUAUAGUUCUACAUCGGCCGGUAGAGUUUGUCGUUAAAACAGAUCCUUUACAGACAUUAUCUGUCUUUAGCAAUGGAAGCAUGCUACGCCCGCUAGUUCUAUCCCAGUGGACAAAAGUUGAACUAACUAACAGAACUCACAAUGACAUCGUCACUGAGGGGGUGUCAUUGACCAACAUGCCCACAGGUGAAAUCCUGAGCCCAUCGGCACUACAGCAGGUCAAAAUAGCUUCAGGCGGCAAGCUGAGUCUGGUGGUGAAAAGCAAUGUUAAUUGCUAUAACCCUGGCUCAUCUAUAACGGGCCUAUUCAACCUCAAGACCCGUUUCAUUGUACGGGAACACGGCUCAUCCAAGCUGGAGGACCUACCGUUAUGUUGCAUUAAAUACCGGUCGGCUGCUCCAUACAUUCCCCGCAAGCUCCAAGGAACUCCAUUUGAAGCAUACGUGACAAGCACUGAGACAACGGGGCCCUUGCUUUGCACGGGCGUUGUUUGUCACGAAAUACCGGUGGUGGAUAUGCAUCCGACUAUCAACUGCCCUUUUCUCGUGAUCAUAGACAAAACGGAGGCGAAGUGUCAUGUAGGCACUGCAUUUGAAUAUAUGUGCGAGAUUUCCGUGCGCGACUCUGAUAGCUAUACAAUGACAAUCCGCUUUGCCGAACCACCGCCGGAUCGUAGCUUAGCAAAUGUGCCCCCGUUGGAAAUAGUAUCAGACAAGACACAGCUCUGCCGCGCAUACACUUUAAGCCCCAACGCUAAGAUUAGCGUGUCCGUUACACUCAAAUCUAAAACCGAUGGUCUUCAUAUGACCCCAGAACUUCUCGUCACAUUAAACCGCACAGCUCAGCACGACAGGAAAUGGGAGUAUGUCCAUCAUGCGCGAAAGAUUCUCAGUGUGUAA